UUUCCUAAUACAGGACAGAGUGGUACAGACCUAGGAACAAGUAACUUGACUUGCAAUUUUAUCAAAGGAAAAUGUCGAAGUUGUAUUGUGUGUUUCUUUUCCUUGGACUUGCUGUAAGCUUGAGACAUGUCCGGGCUCUUUCACAAGAAGAGAUAGCCGCUAUCAAAACUGGCCUGCGACCGCUGAUAGCGGAGUGUGGUAAAGAGUUUGGUGUGGAUGAGGCAGACUUCAAAAAGGCAAAGGAGUCCGGUAAACUAGAAUCUCUAGACCCCUGCUUGUUUGCUUGCAUCGGAAAGAAAAUGGGAAUGAUCAACGAUAAAGGAGAAUUCGACGUUGAAAAGUCUUCGGAGACGGUCAAGAAGUUUGUUAAAAAUGAAGACGAACUGAAAAAGAUUUUAGAUGUAAUUGAAAAAUGUGCUUCAGUGAAUGAUGAAGCAGUAAGCGAUGAUAAAGGCUGUGACCGAGCUGUUCUUUUGCACAAAUGCAUGGAACCCUACAAAGAUCAGUUUGAUUUCUCCAUGUAAGGACGUUAAAGGAUGCCUGAUGAAGUAACAUUGGCCAACGACUACAACGGAUUUAGUAUUAUUUAUUUUGUUGUAAUUAUUGAGUAAUAAAAGCAUUAUAAAAAUAUAAA